GAGCAGCAUACAACAACGAACCAUAGCAGAAGACCAUCCAUCCCCUCUGAUCUUACCGCUUCCAUCGAUUUCCACAGAUCUUGAGCACCAGAGUUUCGGUAUGGUGACAGCAAUUACCACACGCAAGAUUAUUAUUCUCAUGGUUGCGACAGUAGCCAUGGUCGCUCUCUUCCCCGCCGGGACGACGGCGGUGAAGUACGGUAUGUGCCAGACGCAGUGCCAGGAGAUCCAGCCCAACUGCGACGCAUGGUGCAAGAGGAUAGGCUACCCCAAGGGCGGCGAGUGCAUAGCGCCACACUACCACAACUGCUGCUGCUGGCUGGUACCACCGUCGUCCGACUCCGAUAAACAACUGAAUGGAACGGCGGCGGGGUCGUUUCACAACCGCACGUUACAUGUAUGACGACUUUAAUUUGUUUGUCGUUGUUGGUUAGUGAUUGGAUGGUUUUCUGAAAUAAAGAGUAUAUGCGAGAUGUUCGGUAUUGAAUUUUGGGUG